CACGAUUAGACGCGCAACACAAAGAAAAGUGCGGCUGGCUUGACGUGUAUUUUCAAGAUGCGGCUGGUACCGCAGUUUCUGACAGAUCAUUCCCUAUUCCCAUUUCAGGAAAAAGAAAAACGAAAACAGUCGUUGCCCCUGACCCGGAAGUGAAGAGAUCUUUGCUGUAACGUGACGGUUCUUGUUCGAAACUUUCCUCUGUGUUUAUGGCGAGUCAAAAAAGAAAUCUGCGCUGAAUUCCAGAAAAGACUACAAAGAUGACUUUACAGUGGACUGCAGUAGCGUCGUUCCUCUAUAUGGAAAUAGGAGUCCUUUUGCUGCUCUGCCUGCCAUUCAUCUCCCCUCAGAGAUGGCAGGUCAUUUUCAAGCUGAACAUAUGGAAUCGUGUUGAAUGGCUUUGGAAAAGAGUUUUUCUGGCAAUGAUCAUUAUCCUUAUUGUUCUCUUUCUGGAUGCUGUGAGGGAAGUGAGGAAGUACUCUGGAAUGCAGAUCAGUAAAGACUCUAAGAUGUACCCUAACAUGUUUGACCAUGUGCAUUUAAAGCUGUUUAGAUCUCAGAGGAACUUGUACAUCUCUGGCUUCGCCCUCCUCCUGUGGCUCAUUUUGCAGCGAGUCAUCAUGCUGAUAAAUCAGCUCGCAGUGGCUGCAAACACCAACUCGAGUCUUCAUGUCCAGAUAGAGGAUGCUAAUCAGGCUGCCAAAACAUAUAUGGAGGAAUCAGAACAGCUUAAGCAGGCUUUGAAAGAUUCCACAGGGGAUGAAAAGAAGGCACUUGGAAACGAACAUCUCAGGAAUGAGGUGUCACAACUCAAAAAGGAGCUGAAGACAUUUGCUGACGCUCUGCAAAAGUCCAAGACAGAAGCAGGGACCGUUAAAACGCAAACUGUGGCUCUGACCAAAGAUUACCAAGAUUUACUUCAAAAUCAAACAAAACUGCUGAGUCUGACUGAGAUUGAAGAUAAGAAAGAUGUUUGAGAACCGCGCCAAAAUCAGCCACUAUUCUGAAGUAGCAUGGGGCAAGUUCCUUCACCCCAGUGUAACCCACAGCACUGUCACGUUUCUUACACCCCUACAAAAGCAGCUUGAACAGCAGCAUGGCUGUGUUUGUAGCAUUUACAUUUCUAAGUCACAAUUUUCUGAGUAAGUGAGAGGACCUUCUUCAUUUAGUAUGUAAAGUUUCUAAUUUUUUCUUUAGUAACCGAUUUAUAGAAUUAGAUACAGUAUAAAGUUUGGCAAAUAUCAAGAAAUUCUUUAAAGUGAAGAUGCUUUCAUGUAUAAUAAAGUGUUUGAAAUACUACAAACGGUAAACAGUUAUGCACUGAACUAAGUCAGUGAUUUGCAGGUACACACUGCACAGCUUUAUAUACGUUUUAUUGAGUAUGUUGGAGAAUCUGCUCCAGUUCGUCUGAAGAUGCUGACUGUCAAACUUGCUUCUGUUUGUGCAGGUAAAACCUGCAAUCACAUUUUUUGUCUAAAAUGUUAUAUAUUUGUGUAAUUCAGGGUUAUCUUGUAAUAGUAAUGUUUGGAAAUUAAAAAUGUUUUUGUAGUCAUUUUCAGUAAUGCAAAAGUUAUGUUUUACUUUUUCUCUAUGACUUUUAUGCAAUUUGUGAGAAACUCAAAAGCAAUAAAAGAAAAUUUAUAAAAUAA